AUGGGGGGUUUGGGGUGCCUAAACGCAACCGACAGUACCGGUGGUGGCUCAUCAUACCCAGUGCACUUGUUUCUGGUGGUGCCGGUUGUGCUGCUCAUCCUCCUGACUAUAUUUGGAAAUGUGCUGGUGGUGAUUGCAGUGUUCACCGUCCGAGCGCUGAAGGCACCUCAGAACCUGUUCCUGGUUUCCCUGGCCUCUGCUGACAUUCUCGUGGCCACGCUUGUAAUGCCAUUUUCGCUGGCCAACGAACUGAUGGGUUACUGGUAUUUUGGGCCAGUGUGGUGCGAGGUGUAUCUAGCGCUGGAUGUGCUGUUCUGCACUGCUUCUAUCGCCCACUUGUGCGCCAUCAGCCUGGAUCGGUAUUGGUCCGUCACACGGGCCGUGGAGUACAAUCUGAAACGUACGCCUCAGCGAAUUAAACGCAUCAUCUUGGUAGUGUGGGUGAUCGCUGCUGUCAUCUCUUUUCCGCCUCUGAUCACUGUGGAAAAGAAAGGUGAGCAUGAAGAGGGUCGUCCAGUGUGCAAGAUCAAUGAGGACAAGUGGUACAUUAUCUCGUCCUGCAUCGGCUCCUUCUUCCUGCCCUGCAUCAUCAUGGUGCUCGUUUACAUCCGUAUCUAUCAGAUUGCAAAGAGCAGGACAAGAGGGCGGGGAACUAAGGAUGAAAGCCAAGAAAAGAGAAGAAAUGAACCCAGAAAGGAGGAAAAUGGAGAUGGGCAGUGCCACGAGAAGCUCGAUGGUACGCCUAUGGAGAAUGAGGGUGAAGACUUAGACGUAGAAGACUCGUCAUCGUCCGAACACAAAGAGGAUGUCCCUUAUUCAGAGCAAAAGAAUGCCAGAGGAAAGACCAAGACGGCCCGAAUAAAUCCUGGGGAUGAUGCAGGCAAGCAGUUUGCCAGACGGAGCAUUGAACGCAGUCGCUGGAGGGGGCGGCAGAACCGCGAAAAGCGCUUCACCUUUGUCCUGGCUGUUGUGGUUGGUGUGUUUGUAGUAUGCUGGUUCCCCUUUUUCUUUACUUACACAUUGAUGGCACUCUGCGAUUCGUGCUGUGUUCCUACUGCACUCUUCAAGUUCUUUUUCUGGUUUGGCUACUGCAACAGCUCACUCAACCCAAUCAUCUACACAGUCUUUAACCACGACUUUAGGAGGGCCUUUAAAAAGAUCCUGUGCAGAGGGGAACGCAAGCCAGUACAAAACGGGCAAUGA